GCUGGCAGAGAGUCAGCAGCACAGGCAGGGGCAGAGCUCUGUGUCUCUUUCUAUAAGGAUCACUUUUCUUUGUUGCUGUAUUUCUUGUGACUGAGCCAGACUCACCUGGGUAGACCAAGGUGAAUCUCCUCUGUACCUGUCUGAAAACUGGUUUCUUCCACAAGGUUCUAACAGCACACACUCUGAUUCUGGAAGACAACGUUUCCAGGACUGGGAGAAAGUUUCAGGUGUUUCCACAGGGCAGGUGAAGAUGGGAACCAUGGAGGUGAAUCCUGCCCCUUCUCACUCUAGCCAGUCCCCCUCUCUGCCAUCCAAACCCAAGCCUCAGCCUCCCCCCAAACCACAACCUCGAGGGACCAGGGUGCGCAGGGCCACUGAGGUCCUCUGGAAGGGCUGCAUGGUCGACGAGGAGCAGCAAACACAAGCUGUCCCAGGGGGGGAUAGGAGUGACUCACACAGGCACAGUGAAGAGCAUAGGACCAAACAUCUGUCUUUACCCACUCCAUACGGGCAGCUUCUCACUGUGGCUAAAAACCGUUUUGACACUGAAGUUACUGGGUCUCCCCAUACAGAGGAUGCUGGGAUUGCUGGAGGCCUGAAGAAGCCUCUCCUGGUCCCCAAACCCCGACUGAGAGAGAGACCCCAGCAAUCAGAGAGCAGUGAGCCUCAAAACACUGUCAAUGAGAAAAUAGAUUCAGCCAGAACAGGUUCUUCAAGCUACAAAACCAUGGAAUCCACUCCUCCAGUAGCUUCAGCCAGGAGCUCCAGUGAUGUGAAGGACCAUCGGAAAGACAGCGGACUGGAGGAGGAGGAGGAUGAAGUCCAGGCUCAGUGCCCGCCGUGCUGCCCGUGUUUGUGCCACCUUCGGAGGUGCUCGGGAGGUCAUGAGGAGGAGAGUCAAACUAUAAACCUCCGAGAGGGAGAUGGGGGCCAUGCCUCCUCCAGAGAGCCCAAACUGAACUCCAGUAAAUGCUUCUCCACUCCCCAGGCCAGCCCCCCUGAGUGGCUCUUCCACACAGAUAAGAAGGCUGCAGGUGCAAUGGAGUACGAAUCUGUAUUGCUCCCUCACAGCCGACCCCUUCCCAAGAAACCACACCUGCUCCCCACUAGCCCAGGAGGAGAGAAGGAGCCCAGUAUCUCUGAGGGAGUGUACAUGGAGAUAGAUGAGACCCCAUUGGACAAUGGGCUACAAACUCCACCUACCUUGACCUCUACACAGCUAAUCAGUAACAAAGGGUAUCAGAACUCCAUCAAGGACUCCCUGCAAACCAGAGAUCAACUACCCACAGCCAGCGGCUCUAAAAGAAAAGAGCUGAAACCUCCCUCGCCAGCUCCUAAGGACCCUGUAAAACACCUGCCUCAUUGGGACAAGAACAAAUCACAGAGUAGAGGAAAGGGUGUCCCAUCACGAUGUGCCGCUAGCAGUCUGUUGCAGGAGAAAGUGGUAGCUGAACUGAGGGAGAGGUUUCCUGGGGGAGACUCGGAGGAGGUGGGGGGUGAAGUCAGGAAGAUGAAAAAGAACUGGAAGCCUUUGUUUCUCUCUUAUGAGGGGCUGGUGGGUUUCAUUGGUGGGAAACGAUCAUCCACAGAGGAUGGCACAAGGAUAUCACCCACACAGAUUAGGAAAACGAAGCCUCCUGCUGGCAGCUUUAUGGAAAUCCAUUUCCGGGAUUCCAGAAAGCAGGAAUGUGCCGAGGAAGGAAGUGUCAUUGAGGGGGAGGGGCCGUCCUCAACUGAUGUCAUCAUGACAUCACCCAGCGAGGUGAAGAAGACCAAGCUGCAGAACCUGAGUUCAGAGGAAAACCAGGCACAGAGUUAUGACUCAAGACCAGGGGCAAAUGGAGAGAUGCGAGAGUGCCUCCCAGAAGAUGCAGGGAUGACUACACAAGAAAAGAGAGAAAAGGCCUCACAGGAUGAGCUUGAUAAAACAGACAGCUGUCGUUCAGGGGAACCCAAUCCAGGCCAGAAGAAGGAGGAGACAGGGUCCUCUCUUGAUCAGGUCACCAGGAGAAUCCCGAACAGUCGCAGGUCCUUGAAGCCGUAUUGGCAAGAGCUCAGUGUGGUCCAAGAGAGUGGCAUUCUGCCCCAGCUCAAGAAACAGGAGGUCCUGCUGCAAGAGAGUAUGUACGAGGUUGUGACCACGGAGCACUCCUACCUCAGCAGCCUUACUGUGGCUGUGGUUCACUUCAUGGACUCCCCAGAACUCAGCAGGGCCCUUGGCCCUCGCGACAGGAAAUCGCUUUUCUCUAGCAUUGGCAAGAUCAAGGAAAUCAGCAAAAACUUCUUGGAGGGCCUGAAGGAGAAGAUGGAUGGCAACCUCUUCUGUGACAUCUGUGAUGUCAUUCAGUACCAUUCCAGGAACCACUUCUCAGCCUACAUAGACUACGUCCGCAACAUGCCAUACCAGGAGCUGACCCUGCACAACCUCGGAAAGGAGAAAGGCCAGUUUGUUGAGAUACUGUCCCGGCUGCAGGAGGACCCCAGGUGUAACCGUCUGCCUCUGAAAUCCUUCCUGGUCCUGCCCUUUCAGAGGAUCACACGUCUCAAGAUCCUGGUGGAGACCAUUUUGAAAAGAACAGAGCAGGGGUCUGAAGGAGAAAAAUCUGCAGAGAGAGCACUGAAGGAGAUAUCAAAGGUUCUUGAAGACUGUAACAGGGAGGUGGGCAAUAUGAAACAGAUGGAGGAACUGGUCCACAUUGCAAACAAAACUGAGUUUGAGUGCAAGGGUCUUGCUCUGGUCUCAUCUUCCCGCUGGCUAGUGAAACAGGGGGACCUGAUAGAGCGCACUGACAAGGAGAACAUCUUCGGCCAGAAGAAAAGCUCCCCGGUCUAUCUGUUUCUCUUCAAUGACCUGCUGCUCAUCACCGUCAGGAAGGGAGUGGAUCGAUUUGUGGUCCAGGACCACGCCCACCGCUCCCUCAUUGAGAUCAGCGACAGGGCUGAGGAAGACCUGGAUACAGAGACGGAGAAGACAUUCCUCUUGGUGCUGCUGAAGAACCACCGCAGCACCACCUCCCAGCGCCUGCUCAAGGCUGCCACAGAAGCUGAGAAGAAUAGCUGGAUUGAAGCCUUGACCCCCAAGAAGAGCGAUGGUGUUGAGGUUUAUGAAGAAUGGGACUGUCCGCAGGUGGAGUGCACAGUUGGCUACACAGCACAGCAGCCUGGAGAGUUGAGUUUGGAACCUGAUGAUGUCAUUAACGUGAUCCAAAAAACUCCUGAUGGCUGGCUGGAGGGGCGGAGGCUGGGGGAUGGAGAGAGGGGCUGGUUUCCACGACGCUUCGUCAAGGAGAUCAGCAACGAGCAUGUGCAACGGAGGAACCUGUGGCAGAGACACAGAGUCCUGCAGACCGCCAAUAAACUAGUGAGCCGCCGCAUCUCCUCCCGGGACUGCCGAGUCUCCACCUGCUUCAGAUAGAGCCCUGCCCCCCUUACACCUUGGGGAGGCUAUGUGAAAUGAGGUCAAGACCUACGGGACAGGGAAAUUAGUCACAUACAAAUAUUGUAUGUGACUAAUACAUGUUUGGAAUUAUUGUAGAUGAUGGGACUGAACUGUUGAAAUACCGUUGAAUUCACUUAAUAUGAGUGCUGCUGAACAGUAGGCGAUGAAUCAAAAUAAAAAGUAAAAAAACACUAUUUCAAAUGCUACAAUUGAAAUGUGAUGUUGAUAAAUUAUGCAAUUUACUUGACUGCUUGUGCCUAAAUUUCAACUUUAGCUAUGACUAUAGUCUCUUUUAUUGAUCUUAACAGCUUGGAUCUUAAUCCUUAAAACCCCUAAUCCUGUCUCUGGCCUUUUCCAGUAAUGUUAAGGUCAUGGGAGGCAUGAUUCAGCAUUGCUUAGAUCAUUAAAACAGACCCCAGCAAUUUCUAGUUUAGGACAUUCCUUUUCCUAAAAAAGCUCACAAAAAUGAAUGUUGUAAAACGUUCAUUGUAGUGCUACUAUUAGUCUAAAAUUCUAGUUUUAAAGAACCACCAUUCAUUUAUAUCAACUAGGAUUUAAGAGAAAAUGUUUUAGUGCUUUAAUCUCUAGAUUGCUUGAAUCACAAGAAUAAUUUAUUAGAGCCAGAUCUGUGGUAUGAAAUAGAGCUUAAUGAGACACUGAGUUUUCUUUAUAUAGAAAAUUGUGUUUGAGUCAAGGGUCAUGUAUACUAUUGUGUGGGUGUUCCAAAGUGUAUUUGUUUUUCAUAUGUUAAUUUGUAGCAGAGAAGUCUUGCGACUCACCAAGCUUUGAAUUCAGAGCUCCCCGCAUCAACAUCAAUCUCUAAUCUGUAAAACAAAAAUAAAUUACUAAAUAAAAUCUACAUCAUAAGUAAAUGGUUAAUUACAUGUCAGAUAAACAGAAAACACAACAGUCCUUUGUAGAUAAAUAAUCAAUUUCUGAGUCAAGACAAAAUUGGGACUUUGUUACCCACUUAGAACUAUCCUACAGUAUCUGUAUAAAAAGGACUGCCUAGUACAAUCUCUAUGGCAUGGAUGGAAAAGGAUAUGUGGUAAGAUGUUUUCUAUUUAUUUUAUCCUUACUGAGUUGCUGGUCAUCUCAGCGUCUUAAUACUACAAUGCACAACGUUUUAUACUGUUUGUCAUUUUUGUAUUUGAACGUUUUGCUUAAAAGCAUGUUUUGCCAUUUAUCGCCCAGCACAAAAAUGGAAGUGCUCCUUUACAAACCUGCAGACGGACGGCAGGCAAAGUUAAGAGGUCUUGCUUUUUGUGCUCUGCCUGUGGAUACACUGCUAUGCAAUUUCAGUGUGAUCAACUGCUUAGUGUGAACUGCAGCAGAGAAAAGAACGAUUCUGCAGACAUCAAUGGAGUUGCUCUUGCAUUUACACACAUAGAAAAUCUAUCCAAUUAACACUGCGUCUGCAAGGUUUAGUAGGUUUUUCGAGAUGUUUUUUUUUAAAUUGAUUGUUUUUUUAUUAACAUUUUUACAUUUUCAUAAAAAAAACGUAUGGUACUUAUCACUUGACUAAUUUAUCACAUGAAAUACAUUUUGCAUUGUGUUCUAGGCCUUUAAGGGGCAAUUCAUAUGCAUGACUAUUCCAGGUUAUAACCAGUCCCACAGUGUAAAGGAAAUGCCUUACAAUAAAGGAGUGCUGUCAUUGUUACAUACAUAGCUGUUUGCAAAUUAUUGUUCAAGGAUGAAAUUUGGCCCUGAUAUUAACCUUACUGGUCAGAGUUGCAGGGGCCAUCCAAGAUGGCAGCCAGCCUGUUUAAAUAGAAAAUACAAAAAUGUAAUACUGUAAUUGAACAGAAUAAGAGGGACAGACAUAAAGAAGGGAAAGAGGGGAUGUGACAGGAUUUUUGUCAGUGGAGUAUAAAUGUAUUCUUUUCCAGUUUAAAGAGGCUAUAUCUAAUUGACAAGGUGGCAAUCAAAAAGCGCUUCAACAGUGCAAGUUAAACCCUACAUGUCACAUUAGCACUUUUUUCAUAUAAUUUUGCUAGAAAAUGGCAUGAGAGGAGGGAACGAGUGGGUUCGAUAGCUGGAUCUGCAAAGAAUAUUUCGAGGUGCAGCCUGACCAAAAUCUAUGUGAACUAUGCCUGAGAAACUAUUUGUACUGUAACUGUAACUUUUUUUUUCAAAGUAAUAAGUUACUUUAACUAGCUACAAUUUUGUUUAUAACUCUAAUGGAUUACUUUUUUUAUAAAUAACUUCCCCAACAGGUCAAAUGCUGCAGAAAACAGCUGUAAGCACAUAUUAAGUUAUUAUUUUGUAUGAAGGGCAUCGUGAAUUUACAGAUUUUAUGUGUUUUUAUUGAUAAUCAGCGGAAGAAUUUGCAUCUGGAAAACCUUUGUACUGGGUGACUGUGGGUUCUUCAAUGUCUACUGGCAAGGAUAUCAGAGAAAACACUGAUGAGAUUACACACUGUAAAAAGAACUUGGAAUAUUUUAAAAGAAUGCCUCUGUUCUCAGAUGCUUCGACUGUAUUUCAAUAUUCGGAGUGGUUCUGAGCAGUAAGGACUGCAUUACUUCUGUAUUCUAUAUGUAAAAUGUAUGAGGGCAUCAAUAUAAAAUAAACCACUGUGAA